GCUCUCUCAUUAAUGUGAAAUAAAUGAGCGUAGUGAGGGUUUAAACAUGUACGGGCGUGCUCCAAGAGUCACCUUCCUGCCAAAUAGUGAGACCUCAGCUGCAGUCGGUCCUGGAUCAUACAACCUAAAUUCAAGAAGACACUCCACAGGGUCAGAUGGCUAUGCUCCAUUUUUGUCCUUGGCUAGCAGACUACCAUUGAUCAGUGAGUCCUGUGCAACAGAACCAGGACCUGGGUACUAUGAUACCUCACCUUUGAAGCUAAAUGUCCAUGGCGGCUGCAGUCUUCGGAGCCGCUCCAGGCGCUUCGAUGACCUGGCGUGUGAAGGUCCGGGCCCUGGGGCGUAUGAUAUUCUCUCGCAGCCUGCCACCACCAGCCACAAGCUGAGACCUCGUGCGAAUGUUGCUGUGCUUGGUGGCAGUCUGGCGCAUCCUGCUAAAAGUUUGCUGCAGCGCAUUGCUAGCCAGUACGAUGUGCCAUCCAUUCCUUCCCCGGGUCAGGCAUGUGGCUAUGAGGAGGACUCCUCAGGUGUACUCCGCAAACAGGAGCCUCCGCACAGAGACACAACCCUGGGCCCAGCCUACUACAAUCCUUUGAACGCUGCGAAGACCCAAAAAUACAAAGGCAUAUACUUUGGCAACAUGACAGCCAGGAGAGACCAGGUGACCAAGGAUGAAGGUCCAGGGCCGGGCCACUACUACCCUGAGAUUGUUCCUGAAACGCACUACGAAAAUGUGAACAUGCGAAAAGAGCAGAGGGUCAGGGCGGAACUUGUCAUUCCUCGAUACCACCAAUUGUUGACUCAACUGGAACACAAGAAGGGCAUUCCUGGUCCUGGCCACUAUGACAUCACAGGACAGUUUGAGAGGCUCUGUGACAAAAAGCAGCAGGUCACCGCUGCCUUUCUUUCUCAGACUGAGGGCAUUCCUGGUCCUGGCCACUAUGACAUCACAGGACAGUUUGAGAGGCUCUGUGACAAAAAGCAGCAGGUCACCGCUGCCUUUCUUUCUCAGACUGAGAGGUUUAAGCCUGCCAAGGAAGAGUCGCCCCCUGUUGGUGCCUAUAAUGACCCACGGUACGCCAUUCAAAUGUCUCACGAUGCGACGAGGGUGCACAAAAGCCCGUUUGGUGUCACAGCGGAACGUUUCCCGCCGAACCGCAACGGAGGUUGCACACCAGGUCCCGGCUCCUACAAUGUCCUGGACUUGGGUUUGGCCCAGGAAAGUUUGAAAAGGGCAUAUUCAGAGCGAGCCAGGAAAGGGGGCUUUGGCUCCACCACUAAACGCAGCAGCAUUUUCCUCAACAAGGAGUCCAUACAAGGACCCAGCCCAGGAGAUUACCAGGUGGAAACGCGUCCAGAGGAGCUUUACAAAAAGCAGCACACAGCCGCAUUCAGAUCAGCCACGCAGCGCCUGGCAUCCUCAACUGUGGCCAAAGAUUCUCCUCCACCCAAUGCGUACAACAUAAACAGGACACCAAAGGGCACAAGUGGUCACUUUGAAGCUCGGAGUAAAGAAGCCAGAAAACGACAAAGCAGCUUCCUGUCAGCGGCACCGCGACAAACUGCUUCCUUUCUAGGCUGUGUGCACACUGGACCAGGUCCAGGCGAGUAUAACCCAAGUGUGAGAUGCUCCCCUCCAAUGUGUCUGAUGGCCUCUCGAGAAGAGCGCUUCAAAGAGAACACCAAUACCAAUCCAGGACCUGCCGAUUACCAGUUGAGUCCAGGCAUCAUGAACACAGUGCUGAAGGGAACAUUUAACGCGACUCUCAACAAUCCUCUGAUGCAUCGACCCCGCCUCGCUGCCCAUCUUCUACAGGAAUACAAGGCCAGUGAUGCCGUUUCCCACCAUACCUUUGCCGCCACCAUUAUAUCUUAAAUUAGGGAGGGUACACGCACCAUUUAACUCUUACAGAGACGCCAAAUAUGACAAAGAAGAAAUGGGGGGGAAGGUAGUUGUCGCAGCUGAAAAGUGAAAACAUUUCAAUCCACUUCCUCCUUAUGUUGCGGGGUUGGAGGAUGACAUAAAAAAAGUGGCCAGCGACAACAUCGCGGUCGUAUUUUUCGCGAUUUGCUACGAUGGAUAUAUGUUCCUUUACAAAUUUGUAUGCAUCUCAGAGCUCGCUGCGGUGUAUCUGCAACCUACAAGUCAAAAUUACGGUAAAUUUUUGUAUGAUAAACAUGAUUCUACUACAUCAGGUAUCAAACUGUGGUUGAGUUGCACCCAGGAAGCGGUGCAAACUCGUUUAUCGUGUGCCAUUCUUAGCCUCGAAAUGUCAGGACUCCAUGUACCCUGCUUUAGCAAAGCUCAAAGUCGAGCGGUGGAUUAGGGAGAUUGUUCCAUUCCUCUUAUGAAGAUUUUCAUUGGAAUAUGUCAUAGAUCACAUUUAAUUAAUUACCCUGAAUUUACACCUGCAGAUUUGUCGCACUCGAUUGGGGAAAAAAGAAAAAAAUAUAUAUUUCUUCUUAAUGCUUGCAGGAAGCAGUUUGGAUAAUCUCUUCAUUCACACUGACUAUGUCAAUUUACAUCACUUUAGAAAAUAAAAGACAUUUGAUUGAACUAAAAUUCUCAAAUGUUAAACAUCUAAUCUAAAAGCUGCAAGUUGGCUUUCGAGCAUAUUGCUUUGGUAGGCUUGUAGGACCUCCUGAGGGAGCAUGUUUUAUUUAAUGACAAGUAGCUCAGAAGACAAUUCGAGUGUGGAAAAAAAAAAAGCCAUUAAAACACCUAAAGGUCCAAAGCCAUAUUUGCAGACUGGGCAUAAAUCACAGGGUCGUUCAUUAUGUAGAGUUCUGCUGACCAAAGUUGCAUAGAUGACUCAUAACUCUUCACCAAUGUGGUCUUUGCACGCUGAUGAAAUUAGCCUUUUAAUUGACACUUCAAGCAUUACAAAAUUCCUAUUUUCCCACUGAGAAUAAUGACCGUUGACAUCAAAUUGUUAGCGAAAUAAUACCAAAGAUGAGACGCAGAAUUUAAAAAAGGGCCUGCUCAAGUCAAACAUGACACUUUAACAUUCUUCUCUGUCAUACAGGUGUAUACAUACUGUACACUACUCACAAAACAAGUUAUAUCCGUAACUUUCAGGUGAAAUUUUAGAAUCAACCAAAAAUACAGUACACUCUCACAGGUGACCUUACUGGGAGUUUGUUGUGUCAACAUUGCUCGAAAGAUUAUUGCCUUACUUUACAAAGCUCCCUACAUGCUGCUAGUUGCUGACCAAAGCCACGCCCCUCGCUAACAUCAACAAGCACAAAUUUACAGAGAACACACAUCAGCAUCAACAAAAUAGCUGGGUGAGCAAUACAAAGCUAACAUUAGCACUGUAACAUGUUGGCGUUAGCCAUGAAUGCAACAUUGGCAUGACUUUCACUUUUUGCAAACUCCCCCAUUAAAUUAAAAGUUAAAUACAACUGAACUGUACAUGGUCACUGAUUCUGUCGUGUACCACUAGGAGGGAGUCUGCGUACAACUCUUGUUACUCGUACCUUUUAGAACCGUUGCAAAGAUAUUGUAAAUAAAUGCAAGCCUGUGUACAAGUAGAGGGAAGAUGAGAAAAGUCGACUAGUAUUUACGCCUCCCUUGACAGUCGUCUUUACCUUUUAUUUAUUUAUUUUUUUUAUCCCUGCGAGCUGUUUUACCAUCAGUGAUCUAAUUAAAUGAAAUAAAUCAGGCGGUCACAGCCCCACCUGAUUCCCGGACUAUCUCCCGCACCCCCAACCAAUUGUAUAAAUCUCCAUUAUGGCGCAUUACGCGGCACAUCACUCAUGUUGUUUAUUGGUGGGGAAAAAUAUGUAAACAGAGCUGGGCCCCGUAAAAAAGUGAUGGAUGCUCAAACGGGCACUCCGCCGCGUCAACGGGCCACGAAGCGACGUCUCGUGCGGGCUCAAAGACGAACGGUGUGUCGUCCUGACGCCCGGAUUUCAUUGUAGGCUUCUUUUUAUGUCCUCAUUUGCUAAAGGGCUCCGUCUCCGAGGCAGGGGCAUUAUUUAAUCUAAUCAUCUUGACGCUCUCUCCCUCAAUAGAGCUCUUGAUAAUUGUAAAAUGGAGGUUAAUCAGGGUUUUUUUUUUUUGUUUGUUUUUUAUUGGUUAACAAACGCCAGACAGCUGCUGGAGUAGCCACUUAGGGAAGAUGAUUCUGUAUGCAAAUGAGCUUGACUUUACUAGGGGACAAAGCAAUACAGAUUUUUAUUAUGUCACUGUCAAAUAAAAAAAUGUUAUUUUCCCUUUUUGUCCCAAAACAAGAUCUACAAAAAAUAAUUAAAUAUAUAAAAAUCAUUGACACAACAAUAAAUAAAGUUCUAAUGAAUACUAAUGAAUACAUAUUAGAACAGUGUGAAUCAAGAUAGAUGUACACCUUAAAAUCAUAUGAUAAUAUUAACAGCGAUAAUCCAAAUAAAAAUCUGUAAGAUAUUAACUAUGGUGUAAGAUAU